AAUUGAUAGCGCUCUCCGUUAACAUAACCUAAAACCUACAAUCUACAAAUAGAAGCAACAACAAACAGUACACAACAGGGAAUAAUAAUACAAUAUUUAUUGUUAAAGUACAUAGUACGUUAGUAGUCAUCACAGUUAGUUGUUACUGACAGAGUUAUCUAAAACCAUGACUGAAAUGCAGUUACCACCUAAAGCCUUCUUCCAGGGAAUAUUGAGAAGAAGACGCAUUGCUGCAGAGAUUCGUCCCGUAAUCAAGGAGUUAAAGCCGUGUUUGAAAAGAAUGUCUGCGUACUUGUUUUCAAUAUACAAUGAAGAUGGCCUAAAGAAAAUUCCAGAAAUGUGCCGCAAAGCACGUGAACAAUUGACGAAAAUCAAAGAAUGCUAUGAACGUCUUAUUGACAUUGUUCCUGAUAAUGAAUUCCACAAAUAUAAUAAUUUCUUCAGAUAUCAAACUGGGAGAGCUGCUCAUCUAGUGUUGUUUCUAGUUUAUCUAGAAACUGGAAAGCUUUGUUCUAGAAAAGAGUUUACUGAAGUUAUUGGAGUGAGUAAAGACCAGAAUCAUCAUUUUCCAUUGAACAUCGACGAAUACAUACACGGUUCCAUAAAUAUGGUGCAAGAUUUGGUGAGGUUUGCUGUGACUUGUGUGACUUAUGGUGAUUACGAGACACCUGUACAGAUUGCUAAUUUCGUCAUCAAUUUCAACAAAUCAAUGAGCCUUUUGAGGGUUACUAAAGAAGGGCUGAGAAGACGAAUCCGUGCAUUGAACUACAACGUCAAGGCCAUAGAGGACCUAAUCUAUGAUCUGUCUCUGCGAAACCACAUCAAACCUGACAUUAUUCUGGAAGCAAGAAAUACAAAUGAGUUGGAGAAAAAUGCGGAGGCAAAAGGCUAAGAAAAAUAUAUUAGAUCAUCGCGACCAAACACCAAACGAGUACCAACCGCGAUAACGGUGACCGUAAUGAGUUUCCGCCGUAACGGUGUACUGAAUAAGCAGCAAUGGUAACAUAAUCUAAAAGGAAAGACGUCUAUUGAUGUUUCAAAGGUAAAUUAGUAAGUUGUGAGUUUAGUAUUUUUACUUUUUUCAAGACAAUAUGCUGGUAUUAUUCGAAGUGUUUCGAAAAUCUUUCAAAUAUAAUAAACAAUAAAGACAAAUCACAUGCAUGUCUGCUCCACGAUAUGCUCAAUUACCGUCACUGCUCAUUAAUCACAGGAAACGAAACUGAUCUAAUGAAAGCGUUAUCUACUUUUGUGCAUUACGAUACUGUGUUAGGUACAAAUUGCCUUGUUAAAAAAUUAGGUUCGAGCCCAAAACAGUUUCAAUUUACACAACAGUCCAGAUGUAGCUUUAGCUUGGUUAUGUGUCACUUUCACAUGUUUGAAAUACACUCAAAUUUACAAUCCAAAACAAAAAUAAAGCAGAUUUUACGUUUGAAAAUAAAUUAUGAACAAUACAGUAAUUAAGAAAGUCCAAAUUUUGAACUGUAAAAUUUUGAAAUCAUAAAACAAACUCACUAUUCUAUUUAGAACUUAAUAUACAUGGUUUGAAAUAGGCCUACUUGUGAAACUUUUCACACUCUAAAAAUAUCAAGUUUUAUAUUAUUAUUAGUAUAGUUGAUAGAAAUGAUAAAUCUGCAUUCACAAAAUAAUAUUGCUAUAAUAAUAGCCUACACAUUUUGAAUGCUAUCUCAUAAAUAUGUAAAAAUUCAAUUCAUGUAAGCUAGAUAAAAUGUAUCUUAAUUUUAUUGUUUAUUUCAAAUAGUGAUUUUUGAAAACUAAUGCAUGCCCAGAAUAAACGUGUCCACCCCAUUAUUUAUGUUGGUUCCUUAAGGCAGUUGGGUCUGAAUUUUUUUUUAACUGAACUGGAUAGUGGCAGUUGGGGUGAAUUCCCACCACUAAAAAUGCCUCAACCUUCAUGCCAAUAUAUGUUUAAAAAUAAUCGUAAGUGAAUCUUUCUUACGUGAAUUGUAAGAAGAAUAUUCGUAAUCAUGUAGCUUUUGUUGAAAAAAUUAUUCAUUUAUAUACAUUCGUCUUUCAUUUAUUGUAAUUUAUAAUUUAGUUGUAAUUUCACAUGGAAAUGUGCCUACAUAGGUGUAAAACCUGUGCGUAGACACGAGUUGCUGUUUUGAGCAAAAUAUAAAAUUAAUAAGGAGGGAAUGAUUCAAAAUAAUUCGGCUAACUUACUAUACAAGAUAAUAAUAAUUAACAAGAAACUAAAUAUGAUAAAGAAAAUUAUACAGAGUAAAAAGAUGAUACAAAUUAAUUAUGCAAUGGAAAAAAAUGUUGUAUAAUGUACAAUUCUAACGGCUAUGACUUCAGAUCCCCAGCACCGCGAUAGUAGACAGCAGCAGCACUACAGUGAGUACGGUAUUAUUAGUAAUAGUCAGUCAGUCUAUAGUUCAAUAUAGUCAGUUAAAUAGUUGUUUAUAGUAUUCAGGUGUUAGCAUAUAUAAUUAGAUGUUAUGAUCACCUCUGACAUCUCAUUUAAAAAAAAAAAUAAAAAAAUAGCUGCAUCAUCAGCAAAUAAAAACAGUUAUAUUGAUUUUGACAGAUUAUUGAUAUAAAUUAGAAAUAGAAUCGGGCCCAAAUUACUUCCCUGCACCACUCCAUAGUCUAUUGGUAGCGUAGCACUCUCAAUAUUGUUAAUUGUAACAAACUGCUUCCGCUCCGUCAAAUAGCUGAAAAACCAUUCUAAUGCUUUCCCUCUUAUGCCAACCUGUUCUAAUUUGUGAAUUAAUUUAUGCCUAUCCAAGGAGUCAAAGCUUUAGCGAAAUCAAUGAAAGCUAAUAGACCACGCUUAUUGUUAUUUAUCAUACUAUUUAUAUCCUUAUUUAUAUUGAAGAGGGCAUCGUUUAUAUUUCUUUCCUUUCUAAAUCCAUACUGAAAAUCUGUUAGAAUUGAGUUGUCUUCUAAGUAAGAACCAAGUUGCUCUUUAACAACUUUCUUGAUAAUUUUAGAGAAGACACUUAGGAGCGAAAUUAGUCUAUAGUUAGAUUUGUUGGUUGCAUCAGAUGACUUAUAUAGCGGAAAAAUACGUUAGGUGUUUUAAAAUUGGAAGGAAAAAUGCCAGAGACAAUACUGCAGUUCACUAUAUGUAAGAUGGGCUUUGUAAAUAAUUGAGAAUUUUCUUUUACUAGGGAAGCAGGAAUUCCAUCACACCCAGGUGCAGAGCCACCUCGUAAAUCGUUUAUAUGUAAGAAUAUCAUCUUCGUUUACUCUGCUAAGAAGAAAUGUUGUAUCUGCUGCAUAAUCCCGAUCAUCUACUAAUAAUGGUCCACUAG